AUUGUUUGGCACAACUGCUGAUAGUUACAUAAAUACGAUUUUUUUCCAAUCUGUCAAAAUUUCAUGCAAAUAAAUUAGAAAAGUGUAGCUACAGACCUUUUCCGAUGGCAUCGUUUCUUCGAACAAUAUCCACGAAUCUACGCAGUGGAUUACAAUUAUCAAAUGUUGCCAAUCGAGUCAAUCCAAUCGUAGUGCGGUCGCUGUCAUCGGAUGUAACAAAAGCUGAAGAGAAGAGACCCACUGUUCGCAAACCAGAUGAGGCAGCACGUGCAAGUUUAACCGAUUUUGGAAAAUAUGUAGCCGAAUGUUUACCAAAAUUCGUGCAAAAGGUUCAACUCACGGCAGGCGAUGAAUUGGAAGUUUUGAUCGCACCAGAAGGUGUUAUACCAACAUUGCAAUUCCUGAAGGAUCAUCACAGCGCCCAAUUCAGCAGUUUGGCCGAUAUUGCUGGCUUAGAUGUACCCAGCCGAAAAUAUCGCUUUGAAAUUGUGUAUAACCUUCUGUCAUUGCGAUACAAUUCCCGGAUUCGCGUCAAAACAUACACCGACGAAUUGACACCAAUCGAAUCGGCUUGUGAAGUUUUCAAAGCGGCCAACUGGUAUGAACGUGAAAUCUGGGAUAUGUACGGUGUAUUCUUUGCAAAUCAUCCCGAUUUGAGACGUAUUUUGACCGAUUACGGUUUCGAAGGACAUCCACAACGUCGUGAUUUUCCAUUAUCUGGUUAUGUUGAGGUGCGUUAUGAUGAUGAAAAGCAACGUGUUGUUUGUGAACCAUUGGAGCUAGCUCAGGAAUUCCGUAAAUUUGAUUUGUCCGCACCAUGGGAACAAUUCCCGAACUUUAGAAAUGCAAAUCCAGCGUCGGAGGAAAUUCCAACCAAAAAAGUUGAAAAAUAAAAUCUGGAAUUUAUUUAAAAAUGUCCCUGUGCGAACCCGAUUCGCUCGAAUAAAAGAGGAAAACAAUAAAAAAAAUUCAAAAAAAUUUACAUAGAAAAUAAUGAAAAAACAAAACCAAAUCGAAACUAUUCAAUGUUAUGGUUUCAAUUUCUUGCGGAGAGAAAGAAGUAGGAUUGAAAAACACUGGAAUUGGUUUGUUUUCUUCAAAUAUCAUUUUUUUUGUUGCAUCAUUUCAAUUUAUUCUUGAUUUGAAUGCAUUAGAAAAAUGGUGGUUCGUCCAAUGCAGUACAAUCACUUUGCGUUUUAGAAAAAUAAACUUUCGUCGAGUAAUUCCAUUUUCUUUUUUCUUAAUGAACAAAAUAUUUUUUAACAAUAUUUUUCAUAAGAAUUAAUUUUUUUCUCUGCGGAAUUUUAAAACUUUUAAUCUCCAAUAGUUUUUUUUUGUCUGUAAUCAAAAGAAUGAAUUUAGAGCAUCGAUUUUUUUCUCUUUGCUUGUCCAAUUUGAUGAAAUCGCCGGAUGAAUCUUUUGAAUAUCAAAUCAUUUAUUUUGUUUUCAAUUUAGAAAUCCUGUAACCGAAUGAAUAACGAAAUUUAAAUUGUUGUCAUUUUUUUUUUAACUUUAAGUCAAAUGAUGGGUGGAAAUCGUGUAUAUAAAUCUGUCAUAAAUAUUUU